ACUCCCUCUGUGGUUUUCUCUUCAUAAAAACAUGUUGAGUCUCAGUUUAACUCUGAAAGUGUCCAUCUUCCCAGCCUCUGGGAUGUGAUGUGCAUCCUCGUGAACCAUACAAUAUGAUGGAUCCUGAUGAUAUGAUGAAGCAGCAGCUAUAACAGAAUGUCCUGGUUCUAAUAAUACAGUGGUACACUGUGGAUUUAAGAGGAUCCAUGCAGUUCAGGUGGUACUUCCCUUUUCUCACCUUUUAUAACACCUUGUUUUACAUUCAGAAAUAGCAGAUAAAAGUGACAUAUGAAGAGUUGUCACCCGUUAAAUAUGUACUUCCUGAUUAUGGCACAUUGUCUACCUAUAAAGCAUAUCAUUGGGGCACUUCAGCUUUUUGAUGACAGUAAAUUAGAUUAGAGUAGAGCUGAUUUAAGAAAAGGAAGUGCUGUAACAGGAAGUGCACCUGUCAUCUAGUGGAACAUUUGUGUUCUCAGAAAAAACACCUCUGACCUUUAUUAAAGUGCAUAAACACGCAGGUGACCGGGGAGUCUGCACACACGUGUGCUGUUUCCCCUGUGCACGAAAAUGGAGAAACAAAAAAUAAAAGUUUGCAUUAAUGUAGAAAUGUAUUCUUAGAAAUAUAAAAUGUUAUUUUUGCAGAGCGAAGUUAGUUUUUGCAUUUGGGUCUGUGGGUGUUUGUAGGUUGCUUUGCAGUGGGCUGUAAUAACCACGUACCACGAAUCCCACCUGAAACACAAACACAUUUAUUUUUCUUCCUGUUUUUCACAGAAUUAAAAUGUCAGUGUGGUUUUCAUGCAAAAGCAACAACACAUGUGUUAAAAGGGUGAAAAGAGAAGAAACACACACAACAUUUGAGAUAUUACAUACCGUGCCAUGCUCGUGUGUGUGUGUGUGUGUGUGUGUGUGUGUGUGUGUGUGUGUGUGUGUAAAGGAAAGUAAAUAAUUAACUAGGAGAGGGGAUAAAAACGGUUGCAUCAACACUGAAGUAGCCUGUGUGAGGACCUUGUUGUGUUUUUUAUUUUGUGUUUUUUCCACUGAAAUCAGCGUUUAGAAACAGGUGCACAACACGUGCUGCCUUUAGAAUAUGUCCUUAUCAGUCAAAGGAAAAUAUGACAGGAAACCUCUCUGAAGAAAAGAGGUGAAGAUGACCUCACACCGCCAGCGGAAUCAAACGGAAUGAAAUCAGCACUUUGAAGCAGACCCUGAGCAGCUUCACCAACAGGAUGAGAAGAAGGAGGAAGCAGUGAGUUUCACCCUGAACAAAUCCAUCAGCUUUGGAAACCAACGCCCUUUUCUUUUUAAAUGAAUGACAGCAUAAAUGGAGAGAAACAAGAAAACCCCCCUGCUGUGUCUUCUUCACGCUCUGCUUUACGUCUGCGCUGUCGGAGAAGAGUGUCCGAGCGUCCCAGAUAACACUCUCACAGAUCUCACCUGCUACACUGACUACAAUCGCACAGUCGAGUGUAUGUGGAACAGCACAAUGUCAGACAACGUAUGCAAAAUACACACCAAACGGGAGAAGAGUAAAUUUGGCAAAAGUUCAUGUACACUGGAGCCUGUUGACGGAGGAUCAACGCUAAAGAAGUGCACUCUGACUUACGGAAGGGACCGCAAUUUCAAUUUCUUCAUUGUCCUUUCCCUCAAUCUGAGCUGUAACCAUGGGGAGCAAAGGUUGAGCAUGUUGUACAGGCCAGCUUGUCACAUAAAGCUGAAUCCUCCGCGACUACCGUAUAUCAACUAUACCACCAUUUCCUGGCUCCCCCACGGUACCAAGAAUGAUAAAAUCUCAGGCUACGAGUCCCAACUGCAGUGGAAACAAGAGGAUCAGUCAUGGAGUGAUGCCUCUGUGCAGAAGAACAGAAAGUUCCUGACAUCUAUUUGGGACUGCACAGCAGAGCUGGACCCUGAUUUGCUGAUUCAAGGCGGGAGGUACGAGGCACGCGUUCGAGUGAAGGCGAGUGAAAUGUACACCGCGUCAACCUGGAGUGAGUGGAGCCCCACUGCAUCAUGGGUAUCCCCCAUAGGAAGAACCAAAGCAGCACCAUCAUCAGAUCUUGCUUGGCGUGUUUUUGGCUUUGUUGCCGGUGCGACAGCUUUUGCCGUGUUUCUGGUUGUCAUGCGCUUUAAGACGGACACAACCACCUGGGUUUACAUCGUGAAGAGAAUCAGAGGUCGGCCCCUACCGACCCCAGCAGACUCCUUCCUGAAGAAUGUAAAUUUCCAGAAUUGGUUGAGCCCUCACUUCACCGGUGAAUACUCCCUCUUUAAACCCGAGGAAAUUGUCUCUGUGGAGGUGACCUCCGGUGUGGAUGCUGUGGUGCCCUGCGGACCAGAGGAGGCACUGCUACCAAAGAUGAGAAGUGAAAGCAGCUCCAACUUCUCCAACCCCAGCUACUCCAAGCUGUGUCCUCCUCCUCCUCCUCCUCCUCCUCCUCCUCCUGUGUCCUCGCUCACUGCAGGGAACCUGGCGCCCUGUGUCGCUGAUACACCUUACGGGCCUUUAUGUAGUCAAGUUGAAGGUAGAAAUGUAGAACCAGACAGGGAUGAAGUGAGAUGGAAAGAAGUGGAACUCCGGCAGUUGCUCUCUAAAGCGAGCAACGACAGUGAGGCUGUGCCGGUAAUCUCCGAUUACAAGAAGAUGGAGAAGCUCCCGGUCGAGCGCUUCAGGCUCCAGAGUCUAGAUUCAGGCAUGUGCAGCGGCGAGGAGGUCAGUCAAGAGAGCCUGGAGGCAGACAGCAUCAAUGUGACUGACGAGGGGCCUGAAGGCGAGGAGGAGAGGGUGGGAGGGAGUGGGGAAAAAGUCGAUUUUCACAAGUUCUUUGGAGGCCGUGAAGGCAUUCAGGUUUGUUCUGGUUACGAGCAGGUCCACAAGCUGCAGGCUGACAGUCCCGAGCUCUGCAGCCUGGAUUCAGGCGUCGGCUUCGGGUUCAAGGAGCAGCUGGGUCAGGAGGAGAGCCUGGAGGAGAGCCUGGAGGAGAGCCUAGAGGAGAGCCUGGAGGAGAGCCUGGAGGAGAGCCUGGAGGAGAGCCUGGAGGAGAGCCUGGAGGAGAGCCUGGAGGAGAGCCUGGAGGAGAGCCUGGAGGACGUUGAUCAGUCUUCUGAAUCCACACGCCUCCUGUUUCCUCCUCCCAGCACAGCACCGUGCUCCUUGCCCUCUUUCACACCACUGCCUCUGGACUCCUCUGCUUCAGGUCCAGACCUGCGACCUCUGCGAGGUCUCUUAGUUGAGAGAACUGCUCAAAUAUGGAGCAGCAGGUCAGUAGAGCCCUCUGGUGAUGGAUACAUGCCAGUGACACAGUAACAGAGCAGAACACAAUAAUUAUAUUUAUUUCUGUAUUUACUGUUAUAUUUUCAAAACAAAUGACGACUUGCGCAUUAGCAGGGAUGCAGGUGUUGUUACGUAACGUGAUAUUAAAACUACAGAGUGACGGAUUUGUGCUAUAUUUUUAUACAGGCUCACAAAAACAUUUUUAAUAGCAUAUAUGUGAAUGUGACUGUUGUAUUGCAUAUUAUAAACUUAUUGUGAAGCUA